AUGUGUUACUAUGGCAGCUACUAUGGAGGCCUGGGCUAUGGCUAUGGUGGCCUAGGCUGCUGCUGUGGCUAUGGUGGCUAUGGUGGCUAUGGUGGAUAUGGUUAUGGCUGCUGCCGCCCACUGUGCUGUAGAAGGUACUGGUCCUAUGGCUUCUACUGA